AUGCCGAGCGGGUGAAGGCGCGUUUGGCCGGAGCGGAGAGGAGAGCGCUCUGACUGAACACCACCGCUCCAUGUGUCGGGUUUCUGUAUUUUGUUGAAUUUGUUUCGUGACUGAGUCGGGGUUUACCCCGCCGAAGCGAUAAAAAAAAAUAAAAAUAAAGAUAAAAAGCGCCGUAAGCCCACACCAUGCCGGUCCGUACUGAGCGCUGUCCCGGUUCAGCAGCGGCCUGCGUGUCCUCGGCCUCUCUUAUUCCGCCGCCCCCGAUCAACACGCAGCAGCCCGGCGUGGCCACCUCGCUCCUCUACAGCGGCUCUCAGUUCCGCGGGCACCAGAAGAGCAAAGGCAACUCUUACGACGUCGAAGUGGUUCUCCAGCAUGUAACGAUGGAGGACUCGUACCUGUGUGGAUAUCUCAAGAUCAAGGGACUGACUGAGGAGUAUCCCACCCUGACUACUUUCUUUGCUGGGGAGAUCAUCAGUCAGAAACGUCCCUUUCUAACCAGGAAGUGGGAUGCAGAUGAGGAUGUUGAUCGCAAGCAUUGGGGCAAGUUCCAGGCAUUUUAUCAGUAUGCAAAAAGCUUUAACUCGGACGACUUUGACUACGAAGAACUCAAGAACAGUGACUUUGUCUUCAUGCGAUGGAAGGAGCAGUUUCUUGUCCCAGACCACACAAUCAAAGACAUCAGCGGUGCUUCCUUUGCUGGUUUCUACUACAUCUGCUUCCAGAAGUCCACAGCCACCAUCGAGGGAUUCUACUACCACAGAAGCUCUGAAUGGUACCAGUCACUCAACCUCACGCAUGUUCCUGAACACAGCGCGCCCAUCUACGAGUUCCGAAGCAGUAACCCAAAAUCAGAUGCCGGUGUAACCAAACCAUUCGUGACCCAGAUGUACCGAUGCAUCGCUGCUUAUGAGACUAAGGACACGAAGAACCGUCCUUUCAAGGUUGAGGUGGGAGAAACUGUGGAUGUGCUCAUCAAGGAUAAAGCAGGCUGGUGGUUGGUUGAGAAUGAGGCUAAAUGUCUCGCCUGGUUUCCUGCUCCAUACCUGGAGAACGCUGAGGCAGAUGAUGAGGGCGCUGAUCAAGAACUUGGAGAAAAUGCUCUAUGUGUUGCCACUAAAAGUUACAAAUCCACGAAAAUAGAUGAACUGUCUGUGGAGAUUGGAUCCGUGGUUGAGGUUCUCCGAAAAUCGAAUGACGGAUGGUGGUUAGUUAGGUACAACUGCAGGACUGGCUACAUCCCUUCAAUGUACCUACAACCAUACAUUAAUCCACGGGUACAGAUGAUUGGUGCCCAGAGGGGGCUUCAAACUUCUUCCCUCCACUUGGCUCGACUUCAGGUCUCCGCUAACUCUUCCCCGAUGAUCCCAGGACAUGAGCUCAGUCGUUCGCAAUGCAACCUCCUGCAGAUUCCAGGAGGCAACCUGAGUCUCCGUGAUAAGUCCAAAUCACACUCACUGAAUGUUCUCACAGAUGUUCACCAUGAGCCACCCACUGCCGAAGUGGAGCCUGCAGAGGACAGCAGGGCCAGGAGCUUGAGCGGCGGCAGCAGCAUAGAAACUUUUAGUUACAGUGGCAGUUCCUCAAGCAGUGGGUCUGUUGACGUGAGCAGCCCCGAGGACGUCCAAAGGUGUAGAACAACCCAGCCCGACUGCCUGAAUCCCACCAACAACAAGCUCCUGCCUGCCACAUCUGAGCUCAAUAUGUUCAACUUGCCCAGAUCACCCAAAGUUCCACCCAGGCCUCAGGCGCAAGAGAUCCUCAAACGCUGCACCACUAUGACACGUAAAAAUGUCUCCAGGAGCCAGAUGUUUUCUCCAACUGUGGACAUCCACAGCCGCUGAACACAACUCUGAAAUGUCUGAAAUCCUUUUCACUAUUCCAACUUGAUGUAGGUAACCAGACCUGUGCAAGCAUGGAUGCUUAGUUGCAUCUGGCAAGCUAGUUUAGUGUAUCAAGUAAAGGUCAGUGUGCAGUGAAGCAGAAUACAGUCAAAAACGUUCUUCUCGAACAUGGCUAAUACAGUACAAUUACUUUCUUUUGCUUUAUCUAUAAGUCUAGGCAGAAAGCCUUUGAAGGAAAACUGCAAUCUGCUUAACGACGCAGGUCAUAUAUUUUAUUGUAGAUCAUUUGUACUAGAAUCAGUGACUGAAUACACAAGGUUGAGGGUUCUUUGGUGGCCCCCUUUAAGGCAUCUCAGCCUAAGUGCCCUUUAGAGGAUGCGUCUAAUGCCUCUCAAACAAAAAAACCCUCUUCACAGUUUGCAUGUACAUGACUUGUAAUCGUAAAACUAAUGGGAGCUAGAGGACCUGAAUUGUGAAUUGGCAGGCACGUUUUCUUUUAAUAGUGCUUGAUAGCAUCUACUAUUUUUAAACGUGCCACUCUUUAAGCUGAAGCUGUUUGAAUAAAACUGGCUAAAUUAAAAGCAACCAAGUUUUAGACCUGCUGCCAUUUAGGUUCUUUGUAGAACCCUAUCAAAAUGAUUACACCGUGAAUGUCUCUGUAACUAAUAGGGAUUUUAUAUAUAUAUAUAUACAUAUAUAAAUAAUAUCAUUUUUUGGUAUGGUUUGUAAUGAAAUGUUAUUAAUGUUUCAGAUACUUUUUUUUUGUUGUUGCUUUGUUCAUCCAUACUGGAAAUCAAUGCAGUGCGUCAUAUACAGUAUGCAAUAUUUAUUGCGCUUGUCACUAUAGUUGGCCGUCACAUGACGGAUCUUACGCAUCACUGAAUCUGUAUCUGAUUCAACAUGAAGCUUUUUUGUUUUUAGAAUUAUGUGGAAUGCUUCUGUGAAACGUAUUCUCUUAUUGUAAAAUGAAAUGUGAUGUUUGAGAACAUUAA